AAUUUAUCCCCCUAAAAACUAGGAAUUGUUGUGAAGAGGUGAGCUGCAAUAAGCAUGCGCUGUAAACGAAACAACGUGAGGUGAUCGAUAAUUUUACCCCGAAAAAUGGAUUUCAGCGAAUCACAUCUAAUCGAAAUAGGUAACUCUUCCGUUCCGUCAUAGUUAUCCACUGUUAAUAGUUGGAGGACCUUUUGCUUCGUACAUACCGUCGGAGUAUUUUGGAAUCAUUUCAUAUCAGAAGAAUUCGUAGCUCAAUACUGGUUGUAAUCACUGUCCAAAUGAAUUUGUAUGAUCAAAAUGUCGGACGAUUCGGAAGAAGCUUGUCUGGUUAGACCAAGGUCGCCGUCACUGUCGGGUGUGUCAGCGGGAAGAAUGCAGUAUACACAAGGAAUAUCGGGAUCUCAGCUUCAGACUCAUAACAGUAGCAAUAACGGCAACACAAAUAACAAUAGCGGUAAUCAUCAUUCAACACACAGCCAGGGAUCACACUCGACGGCGCGCGGGUCUCAAUCCGAGUCUGGGGAACUAAUCGACUACAGUGACGAUGUGAUACUCAGUCAGUUCCAUGCCGACGCAAUUAAACAGGCUGGAUUUGGAAAAUUCCAGCUGAUCGCUUCCAUCAUCAGUGGACUUGGUCUCACGGGUCAUGCAAUUCAGGUUUAUGCCGUGUUCUACAUAAUCCCAUCGGCGGAGGUUGAAUAUUGCAUUCUCGACACGGAGAAGAAUUGGCUCGGAUCCAUAACAUUGCUAGGAAUGGCCCUUGGUUCUCUGCUUUGGGGAGGGCUUGCAGGUCGAGCAGGUCGAAGGAAGUCCUUGCUAAGCUGUUUGGCAGUAUGUGGCGUGUUCUCCGCGAUAGCCGCCUUUAUGCCAACUUAUGGCCCGUUCAUGAUGGCUAGGUUUUGUGCUGCUGCAGGAAUUGGAGGAGUUCUACCCACGGCCGCAGUUUACCUGAGUGAGAUGACUCCGGUCAAUUACCGGGCUCGUAUUUUGGGCAUACUGGGAGCAUUUGGCGUUGCAGGUGGGCUAGUAGCUGGAGCUCUUGCGACAAUUACCGUUCCUGCCACAGGUCAGAAGGUGAUCCUGGAGAAUAAGGAACAUUUUAGCGCCUGGCAUCGGUACUUGCUGCUAAGCACGUUACCCACAUUUGCAUCGAUCCUUGGGCUAUUUUGGUUGCCGGAAUCACCGAGAUAUUUGCUGGAAAAUUCGCGUGAAGUUGAGGCACUUACAAUUUAUCAAAAAAUCUACCAAAGCAAUCGCACUCGUGGUGGAUAUUCGCUAACAGAACUUGAACUACCAGGCACGCGGACGCACCGUAACUUACCGACAUCAGUAUUGCAGGAGAUGGCCACUAGCGUUAUGUUAUUCUUCGGAGGAUUCAUACAACUGUUCAACAAAGUUAACUUUAAACGUACUCUGUUGUUGUUUGCUGCUUGGUCGGCAACGAUCUUUGUUUAUCACGGAUUGACUAUCUACAUUGCUGAGUUCUCAAAGAGCACGGAAUCUGAGAAUUACUAUCGAAAUACUAUCAACAAAGACAACAUGUCCUAUGAGAAUACUGAUUUCAAUAAAUCAAUUGAGAAUAUCGUGUACACAAAUUGUCGCUUUGUGAAUUGCACAUUCAGAAGAAUGUUCAUCAGUCAUGUGUCGUUCAACAAUUGCUCCUUUCAGGAUACGGAAUUCACGAAUGUCAAGACAAGUCGAACGCAAUUCAAGUUUUCCUCACUGGAAGAUGUUGGACUCAUUGACACGGACCUUACAGAGCGGCACUUUGUUGAUUGUACAAUGAACAAUAUCACAACUCUACGCUUAGUGUCCACUUGUGAUAGAGAUUUCGAGUACAACAUAUAUCUCGACUCGCUGUGGAAGUCUCAUUUCGGAGCCUUGCUUCCUGGAAUCAUAUUUAUGCUAAUGGUUGGCGAAGGAUCACAUCGAUUUGGUCGGAGUAGAUCAGCAACACUCUGCUUUGGAUUUUCCAUAAGUUUGGCCAUCACUUUUGCUUUUCUACACCAUGAGCCGCAAGUAAUUUGGACUGCUGGUUGUGCUCAAGCACUGGCACUGGCUGGUAUUGCAGCUCUUACCCUGUUGGCCAUUGAGAGUUACACGACAUCAUUACGCUGCACAGCGGUGGGAUUUUUCGUGUGUGGUGGCCACAUUGGAGCACUGCUUGGAGCACUGCUGUAUGCUGCAUUCCCUGUGACAUCAUCGAAGGUCGCCGCCAUUGUGUCGACAAUCUUCCUCAGCUUUCCGAUUUCGUCUGCCAUUAUACUAAAAGAUCCCUGCUUGUUAUUGUAAGUCGCAUAUCGGCAAGCCAUAUCCACGUUGAACGAACUUGAAAAGUUCAAAGAUAGUGAGUGCGUCAUGUAGAAUAUUAAUGCACAGUGAUAUUAUGAUAGUGUUUUAGUUUGUGAUUACUUGUGAAAAGAUUAUUGUAACUAUAUUUAAUUCUCGUCUUUAUUUGCAACUGAUAAUCAUGUUAUUUUGAAAUGGUUCAUUUUCUAUCAUUUUCAAAUCACGCUUGAUAAUUGCUCUAACUUUAUUUAGAUAUCAGUAAAUAUUAUGACUGUUGGCAACUGCUUCAGUAUUCUUUUCAUGUUUGCUAGCUUUUUAAAAUGUAUUAAUAUUUUAUACCUUUUCAAUGAAGAAGAAAACAAUAGUGAAAUAAAUGAUAGAAAUUAGCAAUCGAAAAAAUGUUAUCAGCUAGAAUGCGUAUUUAUAGGAAUGCAAAUGAUGACAUGCUAUAAGAAAAGGUUUGACUGCUUCAAAUAUGGAAAAUAAUUCAAAAUAGACUUAUAAACAUUUCGCUAAUCCAGGAUAAACAGCAAAUAACUUAAGACAUUGAUUGUAUUUAGUCUCAUCAGUCAAUCUUUAUUGUUUCUUAAUAAAAAAAAGGUUUAUUUUUUAUUUUUUUUCAGUGCAACUUUGAUAGCAUUGUUUAGCUAUCAUAGAGCUUUAUGACGUUUCGCGUACGCACACUAGCGCACCAUUUGAUUUUGCUUCCUGACAAAAUUUAACCUCACUUUAUUUUCGUGUACGUACACGCAAUACAUACGCACGUAGAUUACUCUAUUAAGCUUCAUUUUUGGUUAAAAUGGUUGUGGCAUUUCUUAAAUAGAUACAAAAAAUGUUUUGGUAUUAUUUGUUGCUAUGGGACAAGAAAUCAUUCAUAACUACAUAUCAUCUUACUGUUUUCGAACUGUUUGCUCACGAUUAAUUUUAUUUUAAUUGCCUAGGUUUCUCAGGAAAUUUAUACAGUUAAUUUCUUUAGUUUUAGCAAUUCUGUAUAAUUUAUAAAACCUAGAUAUUUUUUCCACGAACCGGUCAUUAUUGCAUUCCAGCGAACACAUAAAUUCAAUUGUAAUAUAGGACAUGAGGAAAA